CAUCAAGCAAGAACAACUCAAAGCACAAGCAAUCAUGGGCGGAGGACACGGAUACAUGGGCGUCUGGGGCAACUUUGGCGGCCCCAAGCAGAAAGGUAUGGCAGAGUAUGCCAUUUCACCACUCCGACAGCGUGCCUUUGCCGGUGCUUUGAACGGUGCCAUCUUCAAUACCUUCCGUCGCACAAAGUCGCAGAUCCUUUACUUUGCACCCCCCUUCAUUGCGGGCUAUUACCUCUACACAUGGGCUGGUCAGCGCAACGAGUAUCUCAACUCCAAGGCCGGUCACGCCGAGUUUGGAGACCAUUGAUUCAUUCUCAAGCAUUCGUGCGGGUUCCAUAGUCAAGUCAUUCAAUACUACGCAUGGGAUCAAUGAUCAAUGAUCAAAUCUAUCUCUAUGACGAUGCCUGCAUGACUCCAGCGCGUGCAUUAGCC